AAAUGAAAGAAAAGUGAAAUUACUAUGACGUUCUUAUGGGAAUUAACACUCACAGCGGCAUCAAUUUACUUUGACACUGCAUGAAAAGGAUUUGUUAUUUUUCUGCUGUAACAAAUAAAUCAUUUGAGUAAAAACAUCAAGUAGAAAGAAGAAUUUGGGACAAUAAAAGGUGUACACGUAAUAACAUAAAUAUCAAAUUGUUGGAAAAUCAAAUCGUUGAAAUAUCGAAUUAUGGAUGAAGUGGAAAAUAUUCUUCAUAGUGCAUCGUCAUUUCUGCAUCCUUUUGGAUUAGAAAUUAAUGCAUUUAAGGUGGGCUGGUACAAUGAUGAGGUUGACAAAGUGUACGAGCUUAAGUACCCUUAUGACACAUUGGCCUUGUGUGUCAUCAGUGCUCCUGACAUGUUUGAUAAAGGUUUCAUCUUUGUGAAAUCUUGUGAAUUCACUGGUUCUUUAGAUCCUUUGGACGAGUUUAUAUCUUCUAAAAUAAAGAAACUGCAUACAGUAAUUUCAGACAAACAAAUUGAUAUCAUGUUUGACUACGAAGUGCUUCCAAAUCGUCGACCAAAAGUUCUUGUUCAAACAGCAGGUCAUGUAUCAGGUGCAGCCUUUUAUUACAGAAAGGAGAGUGUUAAGAAUCAGCCAUCAUCAUGGGGUGAAAAUGCCAAAAUUUAUGGAGUUAGCAUUCAUGAAAACUAUGGUGGUUGGUUUGCAUUUCGAGGAGUAGUUAUUGUCAAGGAUGUCUUGGCCCCAGAUCUAAAGAAGACUCCUCCGGUGGAUGUAUUGAGUGAAGAUGAAAAAAAAAUUGAAGUUCUUGAAAAAUACAACUAUCAUUGGAAAGAUUGGAGUUACAGGGAUGUUGCUCCAGUUUCGAUGAAAUAUUCUGAUGAACAAAAACUGUACUUUGAAACACCUCCCUCUGAAAGAAGAAAACUUUUGGAAAAUUUUUUUUGAAGCUACAUAUGCAUCAACACACAAAAUCAAUUGCAUCUCCUGUUUAUCAUAAAGAUGUUAAAUUUUAACAUGGAAAAAUAUUAGCAGUUAUUGUAUUUAAUAAUAUAAAUUUGUUGUAUUACUUCUUUACAAUUUCAUGGUUGUGUAUUUGUGUGAUAAAUAGCAUAAAGUAAUAGAGUUUUUUAAUGUAAUAAUUUUUUGGCAUUUAUUAUGAGCUAUUAAAAAGUAAAACAUAAAAUAUA